CACUCAGCUGAAAUCACACGUGGAACUGAAGGAUCUGGAGCACACAAACUCAUUCACACACACACACACACGUAUGGGAGACGACUUGGCAUGCUGUGAGCCCAAAUAACCGAUGACAGUGGAGAAAAGAGCAUUUCUUAUGAAUGAGUGAGUCAGAAGUGACUCGGUCAAGCAUCGCUGGAUUGGUUGGAUCCCUAAAGCAGGACUGGUUACAGAAGCUAGUCACUUCGCAUGUAGACCAUAGUGUAGACUGGGGUGUAUGAUUAGAAACUGGGAUCGAGUUCACUCCUGUGUUUGUGCAAAGUAGAACGAAUUGCUACGCGAGGGGCAAAGAGCAAAGUCCAGGGGUCCUGUAAGGUGCUGAGUAUGUCUUUUGCAGUGGUGCGACCAACCCCAAGUCAUUUCCUGUGCUCUGAGAUCAGCAUGCACUCCGAGGACGAUGACAACGGCAGUGAGGGUUCUGGAUCUGAUGACAAGUCCUUCCGAAUGGCUGGCCACGGCUAUGGCGCAUUUAAGUUGGGUGCUCGAAAAAAGAGAUACAGCUGCCGACCUGUAGCUGCUCCCAGCGAGCUCCGUUCUCAGAUCGUGGAGAUACACCAGAGGAACGCGGCGAACGCCCGAGAGCGGGACCGCACGAACAGUGUGAACACAGCGUUCACUGCUCUGAGGACACUCAUACCUACCGAACCAGCUGACAGGAAGCUGUCUAAGAUUGAGACGCUGAGGUUGGCCUCCAGCUACAUCUCGCACCUGGGGAACGUGCUGCUGGUUGGAGAGGAGUGUGGAGACAGCCAACCUUGCCUUAGGAGCUCGGGAGCCGUGUAUCAUCACCUCCACAAUCUUCCAAAGAGCUCGACACCCAGCCCAGACUCAGAAAACUCACAGCCCAAACAGAUCUGCACAUUCUGCCUUAGUAACCAGAGACGACUGAACAAAGACAGAGAAAGAAAAACUGCAUUAAGAAGUUAAUGAGGAGGAGAAGAGAGAGUAAAAGAGCAUUUCCAUCACAUCUGCCUGAAGGAGCGCGCCGGAGCGUACGAAACAUUUAGUGUAAAUUUGCUGUAAAUAAGCUGUUUAAUUGAAAGCAACACUUCUUAACCAAGUAACAACUUUCUGGUGGAUGGUGUCAUAAUGGACAACUACACUGCAUUCCAGACUUACAUAUUUAGAAGCCAAAAACUAUGUGAAUUUCAUCAUAACUUCUUUUUUGUUUUAUAUAGAGGUGAUAAGAAUGAAGAGGAUGAUUUGUAAUUUAAAAACAGCGAAUGAAAGACAAAAAAUGAAAGAAAAAAGGGACUUGCUUGCUCACCAGCAAAGAAUCUGUUUGUGUUCGUUUGAGUUUGUCUAUGAUGCAUAUGUUUUGUAUGCACUACACUGAACUUUAUUUACAAAUGUCAAAACUUUUUUCCCUAUCAGAACACAUUCCUACAGUUUGAUCAAACAUUAAUUUGAAGGAGUUGUUUGUUAUUAUGUAACAAUUAUUGUUAUUUUUAUUUAUUUAUGCCAAUUAAAAUUUCAAAACAUUGUUUAAACCAAAUUAUGUAUAUGUCAGGGUUGAAAAAUCUUGAGUUCGAGUGCUUAAAAUGAAUUCAGACAGACUGUGAGAGGUCUGCAAGAGUAAUUGAGAAAGAGAUUGAAAGAUGAACGGGAAGGGAGUCAGUCGUAAGUUGGAUUCUGUAAAUUCAGUCUUGAUGAGAUCUGCAGGUAGAUUGCUUUUGGGAGACAGUGUCCUCUACUUUACCUCUGCCCACAAGCUCUUACUCACAUUCAAACAUACACACACACACACACACACACAAGCACACUAACCCCCUUCCAAAUGUCUAAUGUAAAUGCCUGUCCAGGGUCAUCAGCUAUGAUUAACGAUUAUGAUAUGAUUUACGAUUAACUGGUAGAGAUGUUCAACUAUCGUCUCUAUCGCUGUUACACGUGAUGUUGCUCUGUGGUCACAAAAAAAUGUUUGGUUGGAGGCUUUUUUAUACAUUGAUGUUUCAAAACAAGU